AUGCUUGCGGCGGUGGGCUCCCUGGCGGCCGCCGUCUGGGCAGUGCUCCAUUUCCGCAACCUCCUGCUGGGUGCCGUCGCCUUUCUGUUCUUUGCUGAUUUCCUCAAAAGACGGCGCCCAAAGAACUACCCGCCAGGUCCCCUACCCCUGCCCUUCGUGGGCAACUUCUUCCAUCUGGACUUUGAGCAGUCGCACCUGACGAUUCAGCGGUUUGUGAAGAAAUAUGGAAACAUUCUGAGCAUGCAGCUUGGUGACUUGCCUGUAGUUGUUAUAACUGGAUUGCCCUUGAUCAAAGAAGUCCUUAUUGACCAGAACCAAGUCUUUGUGAACCGCCCUAUGACUCCUAUCCGAGAACGUAUCUUCAAGAACAAUGGAUUGAUCAUGUCCAGUGGCCAAACAUGGAAGGAGCAAAGAAGGUUCACCCUGGCAACCCUAAGGAACUUUGGUCUAGGAAGGAAGAGCUUAGAGGAACGCAUUCAGGAGGAAGCCCAUCACCUCAUCCAGGCGAUAGAAGAAGAGAAUGGACAGCCUUUCAACCCUCACUUCAAGAUGAACAAUGCAGUUUCCAAUAUUAUUUGCUCUAUCACCUUUGGGAAGCGCUUUGAGUACGGGGAUGAACAGUUUCAGGAAUUGCUGAGGUUGCUGGAUGACGUCACGUGUCUGGAGGCAUCAAUGAGAUGCCAGCUCUACAACAUCUGUCCAUGGAUUAUGAAAUUUCUUCCUGGACCUCAUCAAACACUCUUUAGCAACUGGGAGAAACUGAAAUUGUUCAUUGCUCAUAUGAUUGAAAACCACAGGAGAGACUGGAAUCCUGCUGAACCAAGAGAUUUUAUUGACGCUUACCUCAGGGAAAUGGAAAAGAAUAGGGGCAAUGCUACUUCAAGUUUCCAUGAAGAAAACCUCAUCUAUAGCACCCUGGACCUCUUCUUUGCUGGAACCGAGACAACUUCAACGACACUGCGCUGGGGUCUGCUUUACUUGGCCCUCAACCCAGAAAUCCAAGAAAAAGUCCACGCUGAGAUCGACAGGGUGAUUGGCCAGUCACAGCUGCCAAGUAUAGCCGCUCGAGAGUCCAUGCCCUAUACCAAAGCCGUCAUUCAUGAGGUGCAGAGAAUGGGAAACAUCAUCCCCCUGAACGUGCCCAGGGAAGUGACAGGUGAUACCACGCUUGCUGGAUACUACCUGCCUAAGGGGACCAUGAUCCUGACCAAUCUGACUGCACUGCACAGGGACCCCGCAGAAUGGGCCACCCCCGACAUGUUCAAUCCGGAGCAUUUCCUGGAGAAUGGACAGUUCAAGAAAAAGGAAACCUUUCUGCCUUUCUCAGUAGGAAAGCGGGUAUGCCUUGGAGAACAGUUGGCCAAGUCUGAGCUGUUUAUUUUCUUCACUUCCCUUGUGCAAAAAUUUACCUUCAGGCCCCCCAACAAUGAAAAGCUGAGCCUGAAGUUCAGAACAGGCCUCACCAUCUCCCCAGUCAACCACCAACUCUGUGCAGUCCCUCGGUCGUGAAGUUGUCGGGAGGGAGAGGAGAAAGGAACACAAGAAGUGCCGUGUCCUC